AUGGCAGUCAAAACAAAGGAAAUACAAGAAAUUAAAAUGGAAACAAAAAGUGGAAAAAUAGCACUGCAGUACCUCAUGAGAAACAAGUACUUUUAUUCACUCUGUGAAGGCAGUACAGAAUUCUCUGACCAGUCACUUGCACAGAAAUUGGUGGUGGUGACUGCACUGAAGUCAUUCCAUGUGAAAUCCGACGCCCCCAGCGGGGAAACGAAACCGACGCCCCCAGCGGGGAAACGAAACCAACGCCCCCAGCGGGGAAACGAAACCAACGCCCCCAGCGGGGAAACGAAACCAACGCCCCCAGCGGGGAAACGAAACCAACGCCCCCAGCGGGGAAACGAAACCAACGCCCCCAGCGGGGAAACGAAACCAACGCCCCCAGCGGGGAAACGAAACCAACGCCCCCAGCGGGGAAACGAAACCAACGCCCCCAGCGGGGAAACGAAACCAACGCCCCCAGCGGGGAAACCAAACCAACGCCCCCAGCGGGGAAACCAAACCAACGCCCCCAGCGGGGAAACGAAACCAACGCCCCCAGCGGGGAAACGAAACCAACGCCCCCAGCGGGGAAACGAAACCAACGCCCCCAGCGGGGAAACCAAACCAACGCCCCCAGCGGGGAAACGAAACCAACGCCCCCAGCGGGGAAACGAAACCAACGCCCCCAGCGGGGAAACGAAACCAACGCCCCCAGCGGGGAAACGAAACCAACGCCCCCAGCGGGGAAACGAAACCAACGCCCCCAGCGGGGAAACGAAACCAACGCCCCCAGCGGGGAAACGAAACCAACGCCCCCAGCGGGGAAACGAAACCAACGCCCCCAGCGGGGAAACGAAACCAACGCCCCCAGCGGGGAAACGAAACCAACGCCCCCAGCGGGGAAACGAAACCAACGCCCCCAGCGGGGAAACGAAACCAACGCCCCCAGCGGGGAAACGAAACCAACGCCCCCAGCGGGGAAACGAAACCAACGCCCCCAGCGGGGAAACGAAACCAACGCCCCCAGCGGGGAAACGAAACCAACGCCCCCAGCGGGGAAACGAAACCAACGCCCCCAGCGGGGAAACGAAACCAACGCCCCCAGCGGGGAAACGAAACCAACGCCCCCAGCGGGGAAACGAAACCAACGCCCCCAGCGGGGAAACGAAACCAACGCCCCCAGCGGGGAAACGAAACCAACGCCCCCAGCGGGGAAACGAAACCAACGCCCCCAGCGGGGAAACGAAACCAACGCCCCCAGCGGGGAAACGAAACCAACGCCCCCAGCGGGGAAACGAAACCAACGCCCCCAGCGGGGAAACGAAACCAACGCCCCCAGCGGGGAAACGAAACCAACGCCCCCAGCGGGGAAACGAAACCAACGCCCCCAGCGGGGAAACGAAACCAACGCCCCCAGCGGGGAAACCAACGCCCCCAGCGGGGAAACCAACGCCCCCAGCGGGGAAACCAACGCCCCCAGCGGGGAAACCAACGCCCCCAGCGGGGAAACCAACGCCCCCAGCGGGGAAACCAACGCCCCCAGCGGGGAAACCAACGCCCCCAGCGGGGAAACCAACGCCGCCAGCGGGGAAACCAACGCCCCCAGGAAACUGA